AUGACCGAAGCGAAAACUGAGGAUUCGCCACCGCCGAAGCCGGGCGCUGCUGGCGAUGUCCUUGCUGAACGGCAACAGGCAGCCCGCGGGGAAGCGCCAGCUGCCUCCGGAUGGCUGCACCUUGUGAAGGGAGGGUUACGGCUGGCCGUGGAAUUCCCAUCAGAAGACAUUUUUUUAGUGACAGCUUCUCCAGUUAUAAAAGCUAUAACGAAUUUCAAACAGGUCUCCAAAACACUUGAGGAAUUUGAUGUAGAAGAGCAACCAAGUUCUCUGUUAGAAAAACGAUAUCCCAAUAUUAAAGUUAUACAGUCUGGAGUAAAACAAUUGAAAAGUGAUGAGCGUAAAAUUUUCACUGAGGAUGGGAAAGAAUAUAUGUAUGAAAAACUUUGCUUGUGUGCUGGAGCAAAACCAAAAUUAAUUUCUGAAGGAAACCCAUAUGUGUUAGGAAUCCGGGAUACUGACAGUGCGCAGGCUUUUCAGAAGAAUUUGGCUCAAUCUGAGAGAAUAGUAGUGGUAGGAAAUGGUGGGAUUGCACUUGAAUUAGUGUACGAAAUUCAAGGCUGCGAAGUAAUCUGGGCUAUCAAAGACAAAGCCAUUGGGAACACUUUUUUUGAUGCAGGAGCAGCUGAAUUUCUCAUUCCAAAGCUAACUGCUGAAAAACGAGAGACUCCAAUUGAAUGUAAAAGAACCAAGUAUACAACGGAAGGAAGUGAGGAAAAAGAAAGACCUAUAGCAGCAUCUGACAAACUGGGCAGUGCCUUAGGCCCCGAUUGGCAUGAGGGCUUAUGUCUUAAAGGGACUAAAGAGUUUUCUCACAAAGUACAUAUUGAAAUACUAUGUGAAGUAAAGAAAAUACAUUUACAGCAAGAAUUUAUACAACUGCAACGGACUUCUUUGACUUUUCCUAAGGAAGAGAAAAAUGUAGAACCAGAUGAGGUGCUAUGGCCUGUAUAUGUGGAAUUAACUAAUGGAAAAAUUUAUGGAUGCAAUUUCAUUGUCAGUGCAACUGGAGUGGUGCCAAAUGUUAAACCAUUUCUUGAUGGCAAUAAUUUUGCUGUAGGUGAAGAUGGAGGUCUUAAAGUAGAUAAACACAUGCACACAUCCCUGCCAGAUAUAUAUGCAGCUGGAGAUAUCUGCACGGCGUCGUGGGAACCUAGUCCAGUGUGGCAUCAGAUGAGACUGUGGACUCAAGCUAGGCAGAUGGGAUGGUACGCAGCAAAAUGCAUGGCAGCGGAUACUGUAGGGGAAUCUAUUGAUAUAGAUUUCAGCUUUGAACUAUUUGCUCACGUUACAAAAUUUUUCAAUUACAAGGUGGUGGUUUUGGGAAAAUACAAUGCUCAGGGCUUGGGUUUAGACCAUGAACUGAUGCUGAGAUGUACCAAGGGACAAGAGUAUGUUAAAGUAGUGAUGCAGAAUGGCCGAAUGAUGGGAGCUGUGCUGAUUGGUGAAACGGACUUGGAAGAAACGUUCGAAAACUUAAUUUUAAAUCAAAUGGAUCUUUCAGCCUAUGGUGAAGAUCUCCUGAAUCCAGAUAUCGAUAUAGAAGAUUAUUUUGAUUGAAGAAAACCCCAUUUCCAGUUUGUAUAAAGUUUUGACACCGAGUAAUAUGUCUUAUAAAACUGUUUUCUCAGGAUUACCAGAAAUGAGGGAUAAAUGCAAUUCCUUAUUAAGAUUUUCUAUUGAUCUUGUCAAAAUACUGACCGGCAAAUUAAAUUAAUCUGUGUAGAAAUGCAGCAGCAAUAGCAAGUGGAUUAGUGUUGGCAAAGAGUUUUCGUCUAGAUUAGAUGAGCGUAUGGGAACGGGGCUCUAACAGUCUUA